AUGUUAAAUUUAACUUCUUCAAGUGUGGUUCCAUUUGACUGCAUGGCCAGCUGCAUCAGUAGCCCCAUGCUGUAUACCAUCACCACGGUCAACUACUUCUUCUUCUCCGGGGCGGUGGGCUUUCUCGGGGUGGUGGUCAACGUCAUCAAGGUCAUCAUCUUCUUCAAGAUCGGCUUCAAGGACACCACCAACAUUUCUUUCUUUAGCUUGUCCGUGGCCGACACAGGCGUGGUCCUGAUGCUGUUGGGGUUCAGCGUUGUCUACAACCCUGGUGUCAUACAAGCCGUGACCUACUUCGAGGUGGUAGACUCGGUCGGAUACAUCUCGUUCGGGUGGCCCUACGCCGGGUGCAGCCGUGUGGCCAGCAUGAUGACGGCAGUAAUCACUGUGGAGAGGUUUAUGUGCGUGUCCUUGCCGCUGAAGGUCAGAACCAUCAUCACCCCAAAGGUGUCCAUCGUAACCUCCUUCACCGUGUUCUGCGUUGUCAUGGCGACAGUCGUCCCUGCAUUUCUUGCCAGCAGGCUGGGCCCAGCCUACAACGCCAGGGUCAACAAAACCACUUUGGGCCUGAUUCACCCCCCAAUGGCCGCGAGCCUGGAAGGCUUCACUUUGAUGGCCAUGGUCGUCUUCCAGCUCUUAGCUUUUGGCGUCGUUACGGCAUGCACUUUCGCCCUCAUCCGGUCAUUUACAAGAACAGUUCAAUGGAGGAAGCAGGUUUCAAACAGCAGUUCCUCUUUGACGGGCAGGGACAAGAAGCUGGUUAAAAUGGUCAUCUUCAUCUCUUUUUCUUUUAUCGUUUUCUCCAUCCCUGGCGUGGUUAUUACUUUCAUGAUGAUCUUCAUCAAAGAGUUCAAAAUGACCGGUCUGUACAAGAAUCUCUUUGUCACGCUUUUCUCCAGCUUUUACCCCAUGGACGGUCUGAACUCUCUGGUGAACUUUUUCAUCUUUCUGUACAUGAGUAGCAAAUUCAGGAACAUUUUCAUGUCCAUGUUCCAUUUGCGAUUGGUCUUUGGAACAAAUAUUCAGAGCGAAGGCAUUGCCAAAGCGCAGAAGGGUGACUAUCAUACUGAAAAUGAGAAAGAUAUUAUGAUUUAA